AUCAGUCGUUCAGUAUUAGCAAAUCAGUUAAGUCAGUCGGUCAGCACGCCAAUUACUUAACAAAGCAAACAUGUGUAGAUUCCAUAUAAAUUUUUCGUAAUUAAUUUUUUUUUAAUAAUUACAAUUGUUUUUUAAACAUUUUAAAUAGUUUAUACGUUAAUUAUUACCAUAAUCCUAAUUAAUCAAAAUAAAACUUACAAAAUGAAUUACAAUACCUCAAAUGCACACAACAAUACGAUUACUCAAAUCGAAUUUGACGAAUUAAAAAAAAAUAUUGAUGAUUCGUUUUUAAUAUUCAAUGGAAUAAUAGUAUCCAUAAUUCAAGUUGGUCUUGCUUGUUUAGAAGCUGGUUGUAUACAUCCAAAGAACGUGACCAACAUUCUACUGAAAAAUAUUUUAGAUUUGUUUUUUUGUUCUAUUUCAUACUGGUUUGUUGGGUAUGGACUGGCUUAUGGUAACGGAAAUCCAUAUUAUGGUAUUGAUUACUAUGCCGGUGUCGGAAUGCCCGACGACAAAAUGGCAUUCUGGUUUUUCCAAUUCAUAUUUGCAGCAACCGCAGCAACACUCAUAUCUGGCGCUGUUGCUGAGCGAUGUAACUUUAUUGCAUACAUAUUCUACAGUACGAUAAUAUCAGGUGUAACUUAUCCCAUUGUCGCUCACUGGGUGUGGGCACCAAACGGAUGGCUUCUAAACUUAGGUUAUUCUGAUUUUUCUGGUGCAGGAGCUGUCCAUUUAUUAGCUGGUACAUGUUCCUUUAUAGCAGCUUUAUUUUUAGGACCUAGGACAGGACGGUUUGAUAGUUCAAACCCAAGAGAUUUUAAUGGUCAUUCUAUGCCGUUAGUAGCAACGGGUACCCUUUUAAUUAUUACGGGAUUCUUAGCUUUUAACGGUGGAUCUCUUGGACACAUUACCUCACCCGGAGACGGAGCCAUAGUCGCCAAAAGCAUAUCCAAUACUAUUACAGGAGGCAGUGGAGCCGCUGUAUGUAUUUUAAUGUUAUCCAAAGCGGGUUUCCUCGGCAAGUCUAGAUGGCCGUUUUUGAUCUCUAUCAAUGGAAUUUUAAUUGGCAUGGUAUCAGUGUGUGGAGCAGUAAAUGAUUAUUCAUACAUUUCAUCAUUUACUAUAGGAGUAAUCGGUUGUUUAGUCUACGUGGUAUUACAAUAUCUAGUGCCAUUAUUAAAAGUUGACGACCCACUUGAGGCAACAGCGGUUCAUUUUGGAGGUGGCUUAUGGGGAGUAAUUGCUGUUCCUUUUUUUACUAAAGGUGGCAUUUCUAAUAACAGCAGCUUAUUAAAAUCAAAUUUAAUUGGCGCUGGUGCUAUAGUUUUAUGGUCGGUAAUAAAUAGUGUUAUCUUAUUUGGAUUCCUUAAGGUUUUUGAUUUACUUCGGGUAUCAGAAGAAAAAGAGCAUAUCGGUUUGGAUAUAAGUUUGCAUAAAGAACAAGCUUAUCCUGUAUCAAUAACUAAUAUCAACAUAGAAAAUGACAACACCAAUACAUUCUCGAAAAAUGGUCAUGAUAACUUAGCCCUAAAUUUUCCUUAAUUAAUGGACUACUCAAUAAAACAUUUUAAUAAUUUUUAUAUUUGCUUCUAUAAUAAUUGCAUGACUAUUCACUAAUUCGUGUUAUUAAAAGACCUUGAAGUUAAAA